GCGCGGCAGGUUUUCUCUUGCGGUGGGGACGGGAUUCCUACCUCCUGCGCUUCCGACUGGUUGCGUCCACUCGGCGCAGCGUGGUCCUAUUUAAAGGGAUUGGAGGUGUCAGCCCCCGGGAUCCCGAAGCGCGGAGGCCCCAUGGCCCCGCCUGGAGGCGCCCCGCGGCUGGUACUGCUGUUUAGCGGGAAGAGGAAAUCCGGGAAGGACUUUGUGACCGAGACGCUGCAGAGCAGACUUGGAGCUAAUGUCUGUGUUGUCCUACGGCUCUCUGGUCCACUCAAGGAACAGUAUGCUCAGGAGCAUGGCCUGGACUUCCAGAGACUCCUGGAUGCCAGCACCUACAAAGAGGCCUAUCGGAGGGACAUGAUCCGCUGGGGAGAGGAGAAGCGCCAGACUGACCCAGGCUUCUUCUGCAAGAAGAUUGUUGAAGGCGUGCUCCAGCCCAUCUGGCUGGUGAGUGACACACGGAGGAUAUCUGACAUCCAGUGGUUUCAGAAAGCCUAUGGGGCUGUGACACAGACAGUCCGUGUGGUAGCCUCAGAGCAGAGCCGACAGCAACGGGGCUGGAUGUUCAUACCAGGGGUAGACGAUGCCGAAUCAGAAUGUGGCCUGGACAACUUCGGGAGCUUUGACUGGGUCAUUGAGAACCAUGGAGAUGAGCAGUGCCUGGAGAAUCAGCUGGAAAACCUUCUGGAAUUUAUCCACACCAGACUUUAGUGAACAGACUCUAGGAGUGAACACAGCAUGCUGGGCCAGGGCAAAUGCUGGCUCUGCCAGAUGCAGAGUUCCCAGUCCUGGUGGAGGUCAGGGGUCAGACAGGCUGACUCUAGAUUUGUGGGGGUGAUACUGGUGGAUGUCUGGAGACCUCUGAGGUGCUUGUCUUCUCUAAUGAGGAUGCCCUGACUCUUCAGGAGACUUAGAGGGCAAAGGAAGGUGCUGGUGAUGUUGAGGCAGAACAUUGCCAUGCCCUUGGGUGCCAGGCCUGCUGACUUGUGGUGGCCUAACUUCCCUAUAUAGGUUCUCUUGGCCUCUUGUUCUGGGCAAGACCCAAGGCUCUUUGAUGUGAACCCUAAUAAACCUCCUUGGAACUCACA